UAGUUGUUAUAUUAAAGGGAUAAUAUUUACCAAGAAAAUUUCUUUUAUCCAAAAUCUGGCUGUAAUUUUAACUAAUUUGUAAAUAUUUUUUAUUUACAAAAUAAUAUUGAAAUAAGGAAAAAAAUAGACGAUUAGUAUUGCAUAGGCAAUUCAAUAUUAAUGAAAAUUUACUGUUUAGUUGAGCGAUAAUAAAGGAAAUGAAAGGACUCGUAAAGAUUAUCUUUGCUUUGUGUUUUUUGUUGUGGAAAAUUGAUGGAUUAGAUAACGGCUUAGCUAAACUUCCACCAAUGGGUUGGAUGUCUUGGGAAAGAUUCAUGUGCAAUAUAGAUUGCGUAAAUUAUCCAAACGAUUGUAUAAGUGAAAAUCUAAUUAAGAGUACCGCUGAUGCUCUAGUUAAGUACGGUUUUAAGGAGGCUGGCUACAAAUAUGUAAGCAUCGAUGACUGCUGGCUUGAAAUGAAACGAGACCAUUCCGGACAAUUGGUAGCAAAUAGAACUAGAUUUCCUAGCGGUAUUCCCGCUUUAGCUGAUUAUUUACAUAAUAAAGAUCUAAAAUUUGGAAUAUAUCAAGACCCUGGUAAUAUGACUUGUCAAAGAUACCCAGGAAGUUGGGGGCAUAUUGAUCAAGAUGCUAAAACAUUUGCUAAUUGGAAAGUUGAUAUGUUAAAGUUUGAUGGAUGUUUUAUGCCUUCAAAGAGCGCUUACAAUCAUGUCUAUAUCGAUAUGAAGAAGGCUCUUAAUGCAACAGGAAGACAUAUUUUAUACUUUUGCGAAUGGCCAUCAUAUGUUUCACAAGUUGAUAUGAGACUUGUGGCCGAAACGUGCAACGCUUUUAGAACUUAUAACGAUAUUGAAGAUGAGUGGACUUCUAUUCACCAAACAAUGAAGUUUUUAGGUGACCAUAGCAGGACUUUAUCAAAUAUUACUGGACCUGGGAAAUGGAAUGAUCCAGACCAGCUAGUAAUUGGAAAUUUUGGUCUAAGCUUCAAUCAGGAAAAACUACAGAUGGCACUCUGGUGCAUUGUAUCAGCUCCUCUCUACAUUUCAGCCGAUGUAAGGCAAAUGAAUAAAGCAUCCCGUGAUAUAUUGUUGAACAAAUUAGCUAUAUCAAUAAACCAAGAUCCUCUUGGUAAAAUGGGCUAUCAGAUAAGGGUUGAUGGUCAAGUAAGGGUUUGGAGAAAAGAGAUAUCUCCAGUCGGAAGUUACGCUCUGGCCAUAACGUAUGAAAAUAUUGCCGGUGGUCCAAAAAGAAUAUCUUAUAAACUCUCAGACUUGGGCUUUGUUUGGAGAGCAAGGUGGAACUUCACUGAAGUAUUUGAAGGAAAAAGCUUCGGUUAUGGUAUAUACAAACCUUGGUAUACCCUAAAUGGUGAAGUUAAUCCAACCGGUGUCUUAUUUUUACACGCUCAAGUCUUACCUUGA